AUGGCUAGGAGUAAAGUGGCUCAGGAGAACUAUUUGGUUUUUGACGAUGCCUACAAAUGGUCUUUGCAAAUGCUGACGGAUGCUAUUGACGAUACGAUUAAUCUCAACGAGCUUUUGACGAUAAAUGAAGAGCACAUGCUAGAGGACGUAAAUAGAUGCACGGAGGCAGUCGAGGUGAGUUAUUACUCAGCGACUACAAGCAAACGGUUAUUAUAA